AUGCGGGUUAACUGGAGAGACUCAGCUCGUGAAAAACGCUUUUUGCGAGGACUAGGAAAUCGAAUUAGAAGGCUUUCCAAACGCGGAGACGUCUUCUUACGUAUACCAUACUACUAUACUUGUGCGUUCGGGACGUGGCCUGACACUGCGGCUACGUCGAACACUCUCCGAAAAACUCACAGAGCGCUGGAACAACGUCAUAAGUACAACCGACGCAUUCAACAUUUCGUCGCACGUCACAGUUCACAUAUGAGAUCAAUGUCUGGUCUUCGCGAUCCAGCGGAAUACAUCUCUGAAACAAAACAUCGAUGGGCUGGUCAUAUAAUGAGAAGGACAGAAGCCAGGUGGACACUUGAAACUCUGGAAUGGAUUCCUAGCGGAGCGUUCUCGAGGGAAGCCACCGAGCAGAUGGGCUGA